AUGUCUGUCGAUUAUCUUCUGCAUGAAAGCUCUGUUGGCUAUGCUAUAUUUCGUACAAUGCUACAACCGGACACUGUCGGCGCUCGAUUGAAAGAGGUUCAGGACUCAGUCCAGUUUCUUGAGAAGUUCGGCAAGAUGGUCAAGCUGGUCUCUUUCGCGCCCUUCCAAGGUGCAGCUCAGGCUCUGCAAAAUGCGAACGAAGUCAGCGAGGGCAUAGCUUCUGAAUUCCUACUUUCACUGCUUGAAGUCAAUCUACCGAAGUCGGGGAAGAAGAGCAAGAUUACGCUCGGGGUAGCGGACAAGAACCUCGCUGGUGCCAUAAAGGGUGCAUUUCCUGGACUCGAAUGCGAAACAGGCGAGACUUCGGAGAUUGUACAGGAAAUGCUUCGCGGCAUUCGUCAGCACGCACACAAGCUCUUGAAGCAACUGCAGGAAGGAGAUGUCGAGCGCGCAAAUUUGGGACUGGGCCACGCCUAUUCGAGGGCGAGGGUUAAGUUCAGUGUACAGAAAAACGACAAUCAUAUCAUACAGGCUAUUGCUACGUUAGACAAUCUGGACAAGGCAGUAAAUUUGUUCUCGAUGAGAGUCAGAGAGUGGUAUAGUUGGCAUUUCCCAGAGCUUAUUAGGAUCGUAAGCGAUAACCAUACUUACGCAAAGCUGGCUCUCUUCAUCGGACCCAAAGAGAGGUUAUCGGACGCAGAUUUGAAUGAGCUAGCCGCCCAAGUGAACGACGAUUCUGAGAUAGCCCAAAGCAUUAUUGACGUGGCUAAAGUCAGCAUGGGUCAGGCAAUUUCGGAUGCUGACAUGGACAAUGUCACCACCUUUGCAUCAAAAGUGGUCAGUCUAGCGAACUACCGGAAGACACUUCACAGCUACCUGGUCUCAAAGAUGGGCAUAGUAGCACCUAACCUGGGAGUACUGAUUGGUGAGAUGGUUGGAGCACGAUUGAUAUCACACGCCGGUAGCCUUACAAAUUUAUCCAAAUACCCAGCAUCCACGGUUCAGAUUCUUGGUGCAGAAAAAGCCUUAUUUCGAGCAUUAAAGACCAAAAGCAAUACACCAAAAUAUGGCUUGAUUUACCACGCGUCUGCCAUCGGCAGAGCCUCGCAGAAGAACAAGGGUAGGAUAUCUCGGUUUCUGGCGAACAAGUGUUCCAUCGCAUCUAGAAUCGACAACUUUAGUGAAGCGCCGACCACAAGGUUUGGUGAGGCGCUGAAGAGCCAAGUUGAGGAGAGAUUGAAAUUCUACGACUCAGGAGCUGCGCCUACGAAGAACGAACUGGCCAUGCGUAAUGCAAUGGACAGCGUGCUUGCGGAUAUCGACCUGGCGGAUCCAACUGCAGAUGUGGACAGUGACGAGGAAAUGGCUGAUGUGGCACCGAGGGCAGUGCAGAAGCAGGAGAAACAGAAGAAAGACAAGAAGGAGAAGAGGAAAGAGAAAAGAGGAGAUAAGGGGGAAGAGAGCGUAGAAGGCGAGAAGAAAAAGAAGCGGAAGCACGGUGAAGUCAACGGAGACAAGGAACGGAAGAAGGAAAAGAAAGCAAAGCGUUAA